AUGGCGUCUGGCAACAAGGUCUUCGAUUACAGCGAAAAGCAUGUCUCGCCUGCUUCUUCCACACUUGAGCAGCGCAUCGGCACGGGCAACGUAGGAGAGGUCCGAAGUCGCUUCCCAGGGUUCAGCUUGCGGGUUCAACAAGAAGAAAGCAGCUUUGCAGCCACGAAGAAUGCUUCAAACGCGGAUUUCGACCCCAUCCCUCCUUCAAAGCGAACAUGGGGUUGGGUAGCUUUUGUCUCGUACUGGAUGGCCGAUGCAUGGGCAGUCUCGAACUGGCAAGUUGCAUCCUCGAUGAUCGCCGUUGGUCUUGACUGGAAAAUGGCCAUUGGCGCCUGUGUUCUCGGUAAUUUCAUCAUGGGUAUCGUCAUCACGAUUAACGGAAGAAUGGGAGCCACUCUUCACACUCCCUUCCCGGUCCUUGCACGCAUGCCGUUCGGAUACUUCUUCAGCUACUUUGUUGUUCUAUCCCGCUGCGUUCUCGCUAUUGUGUGGCUCGGAGUCCAGACAGCGACUGGCGGCCAGUGUAUGACUGUACUGCUUACAGCAAUCUGGCCAAGCUUUGCAAACAUCACGAACACUAUACCGGAGAGCCAGGGCAUCUCUACUUCUGGGAUGAUUGGGUUCUUGCUAUACUUUCUGCUGCAACUCCCGUUCUUGAUGAUCCCUUACACUAAGGUUCAAUAUUUCUUCGCGUUCAAGAGCAUCAUCGCCCCAAUCUGCUUCCUUGCCAUCUUCGGAGAUACCCUUCGCRGAGCCGGCGGGACUAUCAGCAACAGCACCGUCAUCACAGAAGGCACCACCAUCAAGGGCUCAGUCCUCGUAUGGGCAUUCUUCUCCAACCUCAAUGGCGUGUUGGGCAACUAUGCGACCCUCGGUCUCAACAUCAGUGAUUUCGCUCGUUACGCGAACAAGCCCAGCGCAACCAACGUCCAGGCCAUCGUCAUUCCAUUCAUAUUCACCAUCGUCGGCCUGCUCGGCAUCUUCACCGCCGCUGCCGCUCAAACCGCCUAUGGUAAAGUCAUGUGGAACCCGGUCGAGAUCAUCGCUCUAUGGUUAGAGUCUGGCUCUUCCGGCGGACGCGCUGCCGCUGCCUUCGCUGCGAUCGGUCUCAUCAUCGUCACCAUCGGGAUCAACAUAUCCGCAAAUUCAAUCAGUGCGGCCAACGACCUCAUGGCAUUCUGGCCCAAGUACAUCAAUAUCCGUCGCGGCCAAGUCCUCGCAGCAGUUCUCGGAAGCUGGGCAUUCGUCCCCUGGAAAAUCCUUGCCUCGGCCGCCAAAUUCCUGGCUUUCCUCAGUGGCUACACAAUCUUUCUAGGACCCAUGACCUCCAUCCUCAUGGUCGACUACUUUAUCGUUCGGAAGUGCAACGUCUCUGUCCCGGACAUGUACAACUUCAACGGCAUGUAUCGCUACUCCCCGAAAUUCGGCWCGAAUUGGAGGGCUGUCGUGGCGUUUGCCAUUGGAUGUAUCCCUCCUCUCCCGGGCUUUGUCGAUAACAUCCAAAAAGCUGGCGGUUCUACUACUACAGUCUCUAUCGGUGGACAGCACUUGUUCGCGAUUGGAUACGUCUACUCGUUCAUCGUCGCGGGGAUCUUCUACUGGGUUUUCAACAGAUUCUCCCCGCACAAGGAGUCGAUUAUGAGCGCUCCUGAAACUGGCGAGGAUAUCAUUGCGGAGCAAGAUGCGAAGAAUGUGGAGGCACAGGCGCUGAGGGAUGAACAAGUUGGAAAGCCGAAUGUGCUUGCGAGAUGUUUCCGGGUUUAG